AGUUUUAAUUAGUUUCGCAACGUUUCCACAGUAGACUUAUGUACAAGAAAUCUCACGGAUAGAACUAAAACUUGGCUAUAACAUUUCAUGGUCAACUUCCAGGAGCUGAUCUUGACCCGAUUUUACCUUUUGGAACGCCUACCAACACUUGUUGCUUUCUCCAUUUCCCCAACUAAAUUUCACCUAACAAGAACGGUUCCCGAAAAAUAUGAAAAACCGAAAUCUUCGCUGUAUUGUGACCAAUUGUUAUGAUAGUGGUCAGCAGGACAGAAGCUCUAUGUUCAAGCUACCCAUGAAUCCGGUUAUCAGGCAAAAGUGGAUGGAGAACAUUGGGGUCUUCAAAGACAUAAACUUGUUUAAUAGCAGGGUGUGUAGGCGUCACUUUGAGACCCAGUGUCUUGGCAAGACCAAAGUGUUUUCCUGGGCAAUUCCCACGCUGUUUUUGGGUGGAAACGAGGUUUUGCACCAUAGUAGUAAACCAGAGAAGAAUCCCAUUAUACGCAAAUGUAGCGUCAGGGGCUGCCCAUCAAGAUCUUCAACAGAAAGACUGCACUUCUUUCCCACGGAUCCCGAGCUGCGCAAGAAGUGGAUGGAUAUAUGUCACCUAACAGUGGACAACAAGUGGCUUUUCAUUUGCGGCAGACACUUCCGCCGCAACUACCUGCCCAAUAAUAAAGGCAACCUUAAAAAGGACGCUAUUCCAGAGUUCAAUCUGGGAAUAGAAAGCGAUGAUCCCCUGGGAAUGGGCCACAAGGGUAGGAAAUCAUUUCCAAAGAGAAGAAAACCCUGUUCCAAGAGCGACGACUCUGGCAUCGAUGAGGAAAACUCCAAGGAGAGUAGGUCCCAGGAAUCCUGCUCUAGCUCCAAGGAGAGUAGGUCCCAGGAAUCCUGCUCCAACUGCCUUGACCUUAAACAACAAUUGGCAGCUGCCCUCCUUAAAAUUCAGCAGCUUGAGGAGGGACAACAGGCUGCAACAGAUAGCGACGAGGAAGAAGAGCUCAUUUUCAUGCUAAUGAAGUAGCCUUAAAGUACCUUUAUUC